UUCUAAAAUUUAUGUGGAACCACAAAAGACUGAGAAUAAUAGCAAAAGCUAACCUGAGCAGAAAGAACAAAACUGGAGGAAUCACAUUACCUGACUUCAAAUUCUACUGCAGAGCUAUAGUAACCAAAACAGCAUGGUACUGGUAUAAAAACAGACACAUAGAAAAAUGGAACAGAAUACAGUACCCAGAAAUAAAUCCACACACUUAGGGCAUGGCUACACAGAGGAAGGGGUUUCUGAGCACAAUACUCUGUAUGUGUUAACUUUGUAGUUUUGAAGUUAACAAGACCCUGGGCUCGCUAUGCAGUCCAUAUGUGAUGUUGAACCCUUUACACACAGCACUAGAUGGUUUUGAACCUAUCAAAACACUGCUUCACUUAAGUUUCACCAACUCCUUAAAAUCCUAGUAAGUCUACGUUUUCCUUUGUUCCUAUGUUUUCCUUUUCUCCCACUUUGUGGGUUGUCUGUUUACUCUGCUGAUUAUUUCUUUUGCUGUGCAGAAGCUUUUUAGUUUAAUUAAGUUCAGUCUAUUUAUCUUUGUUUCUGUUGCAUUUGCUUUCGGGUUCUUCAUCGCGAAGUCCUUGCCUAAGCCAAUGUCUAGAAGGUAUUUUCCGGUGUUAUCUUGAACACUUUUUAUGACUUCAGGCCUUAGAUUUAAGUCUUUGAUGCAUCUUGAGUUGAUUUUUGUAAAAGGUGAGAGAUGAGGAUCCAGUUUAAUUCUUCUACAUGUGGGUCACCAAUUAUCCCAGCACCAUUUGUUGAAAAGGGUGUCCUUUCCCCACUUUAUGUUUUUGUUUGCUUUGCUGAAGAUCAGUUGGCUAAUCAGAUACCUCAUAGCUCCUCUGUUGUAUAAUUUUGUGCAUUGUAGGUCAGGGUCAAAAUGAUAAAGGUGAUUUUCUGGGACUACAGACUUGUCAAUAACAGGUGGUCCUCGGCUGAUAGAGGUAAACAAGUAAAAGCUUUAAAAGAAUGUUCUCUGUUAAAAUUUGCUUUCAUAAAUUUCAUGUUUAAAAUCAUUUGUGAAUAAAUGUUAUAAAAAGGUGAGCUACGAUUUUGGCAAGGCAAUUUCUGAGCAAAUCACACACAAUUUUUUUUUCAUUCUCAUUGGUCUAUUACAUAGACGAAAACUUGGUUGUGAAAAAGUGAGAGAAAGAACUCGGCUAUUUUAUUUUACUAGAGCAAAAGCGAAGGCAGACGCCUUCGCUGUAGCUCAGAGUCCUGUUCCAUUCUUCACCCACGCGCGGGGCGGUCGCUCGGCGGGUAGGAACUACCAACCCAGCAUCCUGCGCGGCGCGGGGAAGGAAGCCCAGGAAUGAGAGAAAGAGGCUCCGGAGGGAUAGCGGGCCAGUGAGGGCCGCCCCUCUUUUGAAGCGGUUUUCGUCUCUUUCCGCCGGUGGCCUCCGAGCUCACCCAGGGGCGGGUCCCGGUAGCGCGAGGCGGUGCAGGGCGGGAAGGGGAUUCGUGGCGGCAGCGGCGGCGGCAGGGACAGCAGGAGCAGUGGUGCUGUCAGCGCGGCCGUCGGAGACAUGGGAGACCCGGGUUCGAAGAUAAUAGAAUCUGUCCCUCCAGCUGGCCCUGAGGCAUCUGAGUCAACAACGGAUGAAAAUGAAGACGACAUUCGGUUUGUCAGUGAAGGACCAUCGAGACCUGUUCUUGAAUACAUCGAUCUGGUCUGUGGUGAUGAUGAAAACCCUAGAACCUAUUAUAGUGAUAUUCUGUUUCCUAAAAUGCCAAAACGACAGGGUGAUUUUUUGCAUUUUUUAAAUAUGAAGAAGGUGAAAACAGACACAGAAAAUAAUGAAGUGAGCAAAAAUCAUUGCGGAUUGUCUAAGGCAAAGGAACCACAUUUCGAGUAUAUUGAACAACCAAUUAUUGAAGAAAAGCCAUCACUUUCAUCAAAGAAAGAAAUAGAUAAUCUUGUGCUUCCAGAUUGUUGGAAUGAAAAACAAGCAUUUAUGUUUACAGAACAAUACAAAUGGCUUGAAAUAAAAGAAGGUAAAUUAGGAUGUAAGGAUUGUUCAACAGUUCGGCAUUUGGGAUCGAAAGCAGAAAAGCAUGUCCAUGUGUCCAAGGAAUGGAUUGCAUAUUUAGUAACCCCUAAUGGCAGUAAUAAAACUACUAGGCAAGCUUCUCUACGAAAAAAGAUUAGGGAACAUGAUGUUUCUAAAGCCCAUGGUAAAAUUCAGGAUUUGUUAAAGGAAUCAACUAAUGAUUCAAUUUCUAAUUUAGUGCAUAAACAAAAUAAUAAAAAUAUUGAUGCUACUGUGAAAGUUUUCAAUACUGUUUACAGUUUAGUAAAACAUAACAGACCUUUAUCUGAUAUUGAGGGGGCAAGAGAAUUACAGGAAAAAAAUGGAGAGGUAAAUUGUUUAAAUACACGUUACAGUGCAACAAGAAUAGCAGAACAUAUUGCAAAAGAAAUGAAGAUGAAGAUAUUUAAGAAUAUUAUAGAAGAGAAUGCCAAAAUCUGUAUCAUAAUUGAUGAGGCAUCUACGGUUUCAAAGAAAAGCACCCUAGUGAUUUAUCUCCAGUGCACAAUUCAGUCAGCUCCUGCACCUGUUAUGUUAUUUGUGGCUUUAAAAGAAUUGGUGUCAACUACAGCAGAGUGUAUUGUCAAUACAUUACUGACUACUUUAAAUGAUUGUGGUUUUACAAAUGAAUAUUUGAAAGCAAAUUUAAUUGCAUUUUGUUCUGAUGGUGCUAAUACAAUCCUGGGAAGAAAGUCUGGAGUAGCUACAAAAUUGUUAGAAAAUUUUCCUGAAAUCAUCAUUUGGAAUUGUUUAAAUCAUCGAUUACAAUUGUCACUUGAUGAUUCUAUAUCCGAAAUAAAACAAAUUAAUCAUUUAAAAAUAUUUCUUGAUAAAAUUUAUUCUAUUUAUCAUCAACCUAAUAAAAAUCAAACCAAGCUUCUAGGAACUGUAGCUAAAGAACUUGAAACUGAAAUUAUUAAAAUUGGUCGGGUAAUGGGACCAAGAUGGGCGGCAUGUAGUUUACAAGCUGCUACUGCUGUAUGGCAUGCAUAUCCUAUAUUAUAUAUGCAUUUUUCUCAUUCUUACGCUGGUUUGGCAAAGAGAUUAGCUAACAUUAAUUUCUUACAAGACCUUGCUUUAAUGAUUGACAUUCUUGAAGAAUUUUCAGUACUUUCAACUGCAUUACAGUCAAGAUCAACUAAUAUUCAGAAAGCACAAAAAUUGAUCAAACGUACCAUAAGAGCUUUGGAAAAUUUAAAAAUUGGUACUGGAAAGUAUGAAUCUCAAAUUGAAGAUUUGAUCAAGUCAGAUAAGUUUAAAGAUAUUCCAUUUAAUAAGAACAAUAAAUUUAAUGCUCUUCCUAGGAAUAUAUUACUAGACAAUAUAAUUCAGCACAUGAACCUACGCCUUUUAUCUGACAGAAACCAUGAAGAUAUUUUUAAUUACUUUGAUUUGCUAGAACCUUCCACAUGGCCUUAUGAAGAAAUAACUUCACCAUGGAUAGCUGGUGAAAAAACAUUAUUUCAUUUGUGUAAAAUUUUAAAAUAUGAAGUUGAUUUGAAUGAUUUUCGGGAAUUUGUAAAUAAUAAUAUAAAAUCAAACAAUGUUUCAAUUCCUACAACUAUAUACAAAGCUAAAAAGAUAGUUAGCACCAUUGCAAUCAAUAGUGCUGAAGCUGAAAGGGGUUUCAAUUUAAUGAACAUAAUUUGUACAAGGGUGAGAAAUAGUUUAACAAUAGAUCAUGUAUCAGAUUUAAUGACAAUAAAUUUACUGGGGAAAGAAUUAGCAGAUUGGGAUGCAACACCGUUUGUAAAAUCUUGGUCAAGUUGCAACCACAGGUUGGCUACAGAUACAAGAGUUCGGCAAAAGUCAACAAGUCUUCCAUGAGAAUCAAUUGGCUAUAUGGAACUUACAAUAGAGUAUUGUAUACGUUUUUUAUCAUCUGUAAAUUAUGUACUACACAUCCUUUAUAUACAUAAAGGUUUUUUUUUUUUGGAAAGCCAGUUAAACUUUUAUCAGCAUGUUGCUGUUUAAAAGGCAUUCUUUAAGAAGAUAAUCUGAUUGGUUUUAGAAGCUAUAGUUUUUUAGAGAUUGCCGCAUGCUUGCUAGAGUGGGUCAUAAUGCAUAUUCCAUGAAGUUCUGUACAGAACAAACACCAUUUAUAAUUUUGUACUGUUUUACUUUAAGUAAGGAUGCAAAAAAUAGGACUCAGAUAAGUUCUAAGCCCUAGAGCUUAUAUUAAAUAAAAGAGAAAUGGAAUAAAAACUGUAA